AAGUACAUAUUUGUGAGGGCACAGGGAGGCAGAGCCUGCACUCCAGCUCCACGUUCACUGAGGCACACACGGCCCCAGCUCCUGCUCUUGUCCCCUGCUAACUUUUCCACUUUUUCUUUUACGGACCCUCUCCGUAUUGGCAAUAAGCAGCCAUGGACGCCAUCAAGAAGAAGAUGCAGAUGCUCAAGCUCGACAAGGAGAAUGCCUUGGACAGAGCUGAGCAGGCCGAGUCAGACAAGAAAGCGGCGGAGGACAGAAGCAAGCAGUUAGAGGACGAAAUAAGAGAGUUGGAAAAGAAAAUGCGUGUAACUGAGGACGAGAGGGAUAAAGUGUUUGAGGAGUUCCAAACUGCAGAGGAGAAGCUGCUGAGUGCUGAGGAAGUUGCCACCAAGCUUGAGGAUGACUUGGUAGCUCUGCAGAAGAAACUGAAGGGAACUGAAGAUGAGCUGGACAAGUACUCUGAGGCUCUUAAAGAUGCCCAGGAGAAACUUGAGCUAGCUGAGAAGAAAGCCACAGAUGCCGAGAGCGAUGUGGCCUCCCUCAACAGACGCAUCCAGCUGGUUGAGGAGGAGUUGGACCGUGCUCAGGAGCGUCUGGCCACUGCUCUGACCAAGCUGGAGGAGGCCGAGAAGGCUGCUGAUGAGAGCGAGAGAGGCAUGAAGGUCAUUGAGAACAGAGCCAUGAAGGAUGAGGAGAAGAUGGAGAUUCAGGAGAUCCAGCUCAAAGAGGCCAAACACAUCGCUGAGGAGGCUGACAGAAAAUACGAGGAGGUUGCUCGUAAACUCGUCAUCAUUGAGAGCGACCUUGAGCGUACAGAGGAGCGCGCUGAGCUGUCAGAAAGCAAAUGCUCUGAGCUGGAGGAAGAGUUGAAAACUGUGACCAACAACCUCAAGUCACUGGAGGCCCAGGCUGAGAAGUACUCUCAGAAGGAGGACAAAUACGAGGAAGAGAUCAAGAUCCUCACCGACAAGCUGAAGGAGGCUGAGACCCGUGCCGAGUUCGCUGAGAGAUCAGUAGCCAAGCUGGAGAAGACCAUUGAUGACCUGGAGGAUGAGUUGUAUUCUCAGAAACUGAAGUACAAGGCCAUCAGCGAGGAGCUGGACCACGCCCUCAAUGACAUGACUUCCAUGUAAAUGUUCCACCUGCCGUGCCUCUUGCUUUUUCAUAAUGAGAACCAUAGACUUCAAAAUCUAUAUUAUGAAGUCUAUGUGAGAACUUAUUUAUAUGCACUGCUUUAAUCAAGUGGUUUUAAACAAUGUAUUCCAUGUGUGAGCAUUCGCUAGUAACUCCAAGUAGGCUCCUCUUUGAAUUUACUGUUUGACAAUAUCGAUAGGAUUAGAGUGUGCAAAGAGGAAUGGAGUAAGUAAUGCAUGACAUGUGAAUCAGCAUGGACCAUUUUAUUUAUUCCUACUUAUUGGACCAUUUACUGUGACAUCCUGAGACACGCAUGCAAAUCAAUUCUCACUCACCGUAAAUGUGAUCGUCUACUAAUAUGUCCUGCUUUCCCCGUUUCCUCUCAUGUUGUUGUUUUUGUCCCAUUUCAACAAACUCUGUGGCGUAGCGCCUCAAAGAGCUUAACUUCCCCCUUCAUUUAACUGUACUUCUUCUCUCCUCCCUCACAGAUAAAUUGUUUACAUCUCAUCAAAGACGCCUCCUUCCGGCGGAGUGGCAUCUGUCUGCUCUCUCCAGCCGUCCCUCCAUCUUCCUUUCCCUCUUCGUCUGUGCUAUUCCCAUCCUCAUGUUUGUUCUCAUCCUCAUGUCAAAAUCCAUCCCAUCUCUUGUACAGAAUCCUAAAAUCGUUCUGCGUUGUAUAAAAAGAAUAAACCUCAUCCCUUCCAUGUAUGCUGUAUCUCUUUACUCUCCUUUUACCUAUUUAUUUCCAGUCAAACCCUAGAGUCUCUUUUUUUGUCUAUACUUUUCUUUCAACAUCUCUGCAAUCCUUUUUCUUGCUUUCCUUGUUAUAGUCAUGUACAAGGUGGCACGCGCAUACUUAGAAAAAAACUGAGCCAGUCAAGCUUUCCUUGUAGGAAGUCGAGACUUUUCGACACAAAGUUGUGUGCAAGGAAUCUUACUUUGAGUGCUUUGAGGACGGAAGGAUUGGGAUGGGAUUGUGAUCAGGAAGAUUAUGGUUAAGUAGCAAGAUGAUGGAGAACAUCGCGCUUGAUAAAAACAGAUUGAGAAGCUUUGUGCACAUCACUGUUGCAAUAUUAUGACAUGUGGGCACUGUACGUUACGCAGCAUUUCAAUAAAGGGACAAUCUAAAUCACCUGAGUGUUUUGAUGAAUUGGUAUAAAGUAGACCAGAAAGUUAUCGCGAACAGCCGAGCCUUUAAAAACAUCAAACGGACAAUAAUGAUUCACCACUUGAGUUUACUUGAGAUGGUUAAUAUUUAUUUUACUGACCAUAUAUUGGUUAAUACUAUCAUAAAGUUUCAGUGCUAACUCAGCAUUAAAUAUUCCCUAAGAUUAAAAAUGUAAUGUAACUCAUCCUUAAAAUCUUAAGGACAUAAAAGAAUUGUAAUGUUUUGUUUUAAUCACAGUCCAGUACAGUUUUUGAGAGGUCUGAGAUAAGAUCGCCCACAUUUUCUUUAUUAAAUGGGCAAAUUUUUGGUACAAUUUUUUUUUAGCUGAUGUUACUAAAAAUUUUUUUUUUUUUUUUUUUUUUUUUUUAAGCUGAUAAUGUUACUAAAAAUUUACUUUUUUUUAAACAUAGGUCGACAUUAUUCCUUUUAUUUAGAAUUGUAUUCAUACUACCGUAUUUUUCGGACUAUAAGUCUGUUUUUUCAUAGUUUGGCUGGGGGUGUGACUUGUACUCCAGAGCGACUUAUGUGUGAAAUUAUUAACACAUUAUUAUAUCAUUGCACAUGUUAUUUUGGUGUUUUGGAGUGACACUGAUGGUUUGGUAAACUUGUUAGCAGGUUCUUGAUGCUGUAGUUAUCUGAAUAAUCUAUUAUCUUAAUUAUUAAUGAAUUAUUAAUAGUUGUGUUACGUUAACAUACCGGCCACCUUCGCAUUUUGUUGUUCAUGCAUCAUGUAACAUUAUCAUUAGGGUUGUUCCGAUCAUGUUUUUUUGCUCCGGAUCCGAUCCCGAUCGUUUGUUUGAGUAUCUGCCGAUCCCGAUAUUUCCCGAGCCGAUUGCU